UUUCUGACUGCAAAGUUCUGGUUAAAUUCACUGAUAAUAACUUUUCUCUUUGGGAACUUUGCACUCCUGUUUUACCAAGGAGGUGAUCUCUCAAGCAGUGAGCUGGCACCCUGGCCAGGUUUUGAAUGGCAUCUCUGCUAAGACUCUAUUUAACAGUGUUAAAUGGUGCAAGGAGGUCGAGCAAAAUAAGAGCUAAGAUGUUACCAACAGAUUUAAUAAAGAGGGAUUUGUUAGAGACCCAGGUGAGAGAAGUUUCUCUGAGUGGGCGGGGCGUGGAAUAGGAAACGCAUAUUAUCCAGAAGUAGGGCUGUAAUAGAAAGGAGAGGAGGUAGCCAGUGAGGGAGGACAGUUUCCCACACAAGAGAGAUCUGAGCAUACCUGUGAAUGACUACAAGAGUCCCGGGUCAACUAGAUGGCUUGGGAUGCUUACAAUAAAGACACCUAUUCACCGUGCAGCCCCUCAUGGAGUUCUUCUUUGAAGUACCUCAGGAUGUUUCUCCUACUACACCUGGAAACCUUGGCAGUCACUGGAAGUCACAAAAGACUAGGUGAUUAGGAGAUCUAAACACUGCCUUCUGAUCCUGCCUGCUUCACUAGCAUGCCCAAGACCCCAAGAGAGCAGAACCCCUGGGGUCUGAGAAGCAGCCAACGGAAGGUAGAGUACCAAGCGUCUGGGAUCCAGGCUGCAGUCCCGCCUCUGACACUCCAUAACCUGAUACCCCGUAGCCUUGUGACUUGUCUUAAUUUGUUCCCCGAGGUCUUGAGGGAUGCCCAGAAAACACCUUUUGGGUUUGAGUGCAGUCUCUACCAAUGCACUACAAUGCGACCUGGGGCCUCGGUUUUUCCUUCUAGGAAGCCCUGCUUUACAGAGUAACCGAGAACAGCGGUCAACUGACCACUAGGCAUACAGUAAGUGCUCGGGAAAUGCCAAUAUCACCGUCUCCCAUUACGCCCAGGUACAGCCUCUCGCUCCACACCGCACCUUGCAGCGGGGGCGGGAGGUCCCCGCGCUCUGGUCGGCUAGCCCACUCCCGCUGCCCCGGCGCGGGCCGCCUGUCGCUGACAGCAGCGGUGCAUUGUGGGCCUUGUAGUGCGGGGCUGGGGUUGGGUGGGUGGGCGCGGCCGCGGCAGUCGCAGCGGGGCCAUCUUCCGCGGGCCGGCUGGUUCGGCCUGUGCAGCCCGCACCCGCGCCCUUCGCCGGGCCCGAUGGCUCCGCGGCCGCUGAGCCCCUUGGUGCUGGCGCUGGGCGGCGCCGCGGCCGUGCUGGGCUCAGUACUCUUCAUCCUCUGGAAGGCCUACUUCGGGAGCGGACGGGAGCGGCGCUGGGACCGGAACGAGGCCUGGUGGGGCGCGGAGCCUCCUCGCCUCCCUGAGUGGGACGAGUGGGACCCUGAAGACGAGGAGGACGAAGAGCCGGCGCUGGAGGAGUUGGAGCAGCGUGAGGUGCUGGUGCUGGGGCUGGAUGGCUCAGGGAAGAGCACGUUCCUGCGCGUGCUGUCUGGGAAGCCACCGCUGGAAGGCCACAUCCCCACCUGGGGCUUCAAUUCUGUGCGGCUGCCCACCAAGGACUUCGAGGUGGACCUGCUAGAGAUCGGUGGCAGUCAGAACCUACGCUUCUACUGGAAGGAGUUUGUGAAUGAAGUAGACGUGCUGGUGUUCCUGGUGGACUCGGCUGACCGGCUGCGGCUGCCUUGGGCCCGGCAGGAACUGCACAAGCUGCUGGACAAGGACCCUGACCUGCCUGUCGUCGUGGUGGCCAACAAGCAGGACCUGAGUGAGGCCAUGAGCAUGGUGGAGCUGCAGCAGGAGCUGGGCCUGCAGGCUGUCGAUAGCCAGCGGGAGGUGUUCCUCUUGGCAGCCAGCAUCGCCCCUGCAGGACCUGGCUUUGAAGACCCCGGCACCGUGCAUAUCUGGAGACUGCUCUUGGAGCUUCUCUCCUAGGCUGGCCCCCACCUGCUCACGCACCCAACCCUGGAGACCCCCGUUCUGCCACUCCUGCUUCUCUAUUGCUGGCCUGUGCCUGAGGCGGGAGCUGUGUGGCAACUCUUCCCUUCUCUCCUCCCACACUCCAGGACAGGGCCUGAGCAAGGCCAAGAACCACACAGAGGCCUUCCUGGUGAGGUGACCGUGAGGCUGAAGUGGGGAGGCAGGUGAGGCAGACAGUGGAAGAGCAUAGUGUCUGGCUCACUCCAGGCUGGAAGUGGAUCCAAUUUUCACCGGUGAAGGCCUGCACCCUCCUUCUCUGAUGUGUAAAGCAAGGUGCUCAGUGGGCUCAGUUCUCACCACUGCAGGUUGAGGUGACUGAGAACCAGUAUAGUGUCAGAAGUACUCCCAGUCUGAACCAUUCCCUCCUGGAGACUUCACGCCCCUCUCAUGCAGGCAGGUUCUGGGCAGUACACAGUGAGCCGUGGCUCCAAGGCCUACGAUGUCCUGCAGCCCCAGUUCUGCCCAGCUGGGUCACGGCCUUGUGCUAUCUCUGCCUCUCUGGCCCUGGGGCCAUCAUUUUUAAAGAGAGGUGAUUUCCAUCGUUUUUUUUUUUUUUUUUUUUUUUCUGACUUGGAAAUACAUUUUCCAGCCAUGAAGGUAAGAAGUGCUAGAACGAACCUGGAGAUCCUAGCAAGCUUUCUGAAACCUCCUGCUUCUGCAAGCCAAGGCCUGCCUGCCAGACUACAGGAUCAAGUGGUAUUCACCCCCAAUCAAAAAAACUAAAGGCUUUUUUCCCCCUAAUCUGGACACACAAGCUGCUGCUCUUGCACUAACUGUGCCAAUGCCCAUGUUUACAGAAGUCUGGGGGAGGAACCCAUGUCCCUGGGGAGACAACUGUCAGCUGGAGCUGGGUGUUGGCCUCAGAACUGUGUUUUAAUUAUUUAUUUAUUUAUAAAAGGAACAGGCCAAAGUUUUAGGUUCUGUUUCUAGGUGCUGUUAUCAGAACCCCAGAUGACUGUCAUGGAAAACUUGUGUCUUUGAGGAAAAUAGCUGGAGUUGUGAGGCAAUGUGAUAACCUCCACAUGUCAGUGGAGACAAAGCUCUAGCUUCCCCCUAUCAUUUACAGCUGUAUGCAGUAUCAUACUUCACAUUAAUCCACAUGAACUUAAACUCCACCACCUGGCCUGAUAAGUCAAAAGGACACACCUCCUUCUGUGUAGAUGGUGACUCUAGGAGAGGAAAUUUGAAUCGUGUAAAUCCAGGCAAAAAGAAAUGGGAAUUAGCAGAUCAGCCAAUAGGGGGACUUUGGGUACCUCACUCAGCCUUUCUGGACCUGCUGAUUCCUCACUUAAGCAAAGUUGGACAGAAUUUCUGGGUUUUCUCCAGUGCACACUCUAGGAUUCUCCUGUUUCCGGUGACCAGCCAGUUUGUCUAUAUAUUGACACUUCUCUUUAGUGCAGGCAAAAGAAGGAGCCUUUUGUCUGUCAGGGGCCACUGAGUAAUCAGUAGCCACAAAUGGACUUUUUUUUUUAGAGAUCAUAUCCAACUCCGUUUGCUUUUUAAUUGAGAAUACAGAUUAUGUGCCUUCAUUUCAUUUGACAUUUACUCAGUGUGCUUCAGUUCCAUGCUGUGGCCUAUGUGAGAAAAGGCACAGGGAGGGAGGGUGGGGAGGGAACCCCCCAAAUCCAGAAGUGUGAUUAUUGGAACAGUGGCCUACCAUGCUCUUGGGCUGUAGGUAUAUCAACAGAAUCACUGUUAUUUGAAAUCCUGAUUAAUGUUCGCAGAAGAAAGAGAUUUGAUUGGUUUUACUUAAAAUAUUUAAGGAAUGACUUGGCUUUUAAAGAGUAGCCUUUGAAACUUUGUCGACAAAUUUUCAUUUUGACAUUGAAAGAUUAUAAAACUACUUCUCUGUUCUUUGAACUCCUGGUUCUCCAGUGCUUGACAUUUACCUUUGGAACCAGCAGUGUUGUAGGGGAUCCUUUUCUAAUUAAGAUCUGCCUUUGGUCUAAUGAGUAUCAUUAUGUAAUACAAUUUUCAAAGUCUCCAGUGAGGGCAGUGAACUUGAAUAAAGAGUUUAACUAACUAUA